ACGGUUCACUUCCGGUUUAGCUCGGAUAAAACACUUUUGCAUAUCGUAUUUCACCAUUUCUUCAGCUGGUUUUCGUGUGUCACAUAUUAUCCUAUACUUGGUUUCUUAAGCAUUUUUUUCUUACCGAAAAUUAGGAGCAAAUAGAAAAUGGCUGGUGAUCUUAGUGACGAACAAAUUGCCGAAUUCAAAGAGGCUUUCUCAUUGUUUGACAAAGACGGUGAUGGCACCAUCAGUUGCAAAGAACUUGGAACUGUUAUGCGAUCUCUUGGACAGAAUCCGUCUCAACAGGAACUUGAAGACAUGAUUAAUGAGGUAGAUGGAGAUGGUAAUGGUACUAUUGAUUUCCAGGAAUUUGUGCAAAUGAUGGCCAAGAAAAUGAAAGACACAGACAGUGAGGAGGAAAUCCGGGAAGCCUUUAAAGUUUUCGACAAAGACGGCAGCGGUUACAUCGAUUCGGCUGAGCUGCGCCAAGUAAUGACUUCACUUGGAGAGAAAUUAACAGACGAGGAAGUCGAUGAGAUGAUACAAGAAGCAGACGUCGAUGGUGACGGACAGGUUAAUUAUGAAGAAUUCGUCAAGAUGAUGACAGCACAUUAAAUUUGGAAGUAUUAGUGUCCAGACAUUACCAACAGAAGAAAAAAAUAUACAAAAAGAAUACUGAACUCCAUUUUAAAUAGACAAGUACGAAAAG